UCUCUGAAAAAAACCCGCGAAAUUAUACUCCCGUAAUUUCUGCAACUGAAAGCACUUCUCCUGUAUUUUUCCAUUUCUCAAUUAUUUAUUUUUUCCAUUCCGUGUUUCAACAAAGUUCACUUCCUAUCGUUUAAUUUUGCUCUGAUUUUCUAGCUUUAGGGUUUCAUUGAAUUACGUUACAGGAGUAUUCAAGCGAUGGAUGAAGAGAUUCAAUUUCAAUCCAGGUUUGUUAGUACAGAACCCUAAACUUUGAGUUCUUUUAGGUGAUUUCUUUUUGCAGUGACGGUGAUGGGGAAAAGAAAUGCCGUUGUCGUUUUAUCAUCGGAUGAUGAGGAUAAUGAGACUUCACUGCAUUUGAGUCGGAGCUACUCGAAGCCGAAACCGAGAGCAUUGGUUACUCGUACAAACCCUAGAGAUUUGAAGAAGCCUCGCCUUUCCAGUUCUCAGUCUUGUUUGAGUAGAGAAGCUAGUAAUGUAAAUGAGAUCAGAUUCCCUUGUGAAGAUUUUGAUGAUCUUUUUUAUGGGUCCAAGGUAUCUGCUGGUUCUGCAAGGAGCGAAAUAAAAGAAUUAUGGAUUGAUAAAUACAAGCCUCGUUCUUUGGAGGAACUUGCUGUUCAUAAGAAGAAGGUCGAAGGAGUUAAAAUAUGGUUUGAGGAAAGAUUGAGAGCUUCAAAGGAAAAAAUUGAAAAUAAUGUUCUUGUCAUCACUGGGCAAGCUGGUGUUGGAAAGUCUACAACUAUCCAUGUGAUUGCAUCUCAUUUUGGAGCCAGAUUAUGUGAAUGGAGCACGCCCACUCCCACGAUUUGGCAAGAACACAUUCAUAAUGCAAGUGCAGGGACACAGUACAUGUCCAAGUUGGAUGAAUUUGUGAACUUUAUUGAGAAAGUAAGGAAGUAUGGAUCGAUUCCUCCAUCUUAUUCAGCUGAAUCAAAAUUGCCAAUUAUCCUCUUAAUAGAUGAUCUUCCCGUGACAAAUGGAAGAGUUGCUUUUGAAAGACUUCAAAACUGUUUGCUACUUCUUGUAAGAACAACUCGGAUACCAACAGUGAUACUGGUAACUGACUAUGAUAAGGCAGAUUUGGCAGACAACACUUCACGAUACAUGGAAGAACUUCAGUCGUCUCUUGAGAGUGCUGGAGCUUGUAAGGUUGCUUUUAAUCCAAUUACAAAUAACUCCAUUAAGAAGGCACUUACAAAAAUAUGCAAACACGAACAGUUUAAUGUGACUGCUGAACAGAUUGAUCUGAUAGCCAAAGCCAGUGGAGGUGAUAUCAGAAAUGCAAUUACAUCUUUACAACUUUUCUGUGUGAAACCAAACAUGGGGCUCAACUCAUCAUUGUCCAAUUCUACUCCGAGUUACUCUGAUGGAAAACCAGAUGAUAUUAAUUCUUUGAUCUGUGGUUUUUCAUUGCUAUUUGGCAGAGAUGAGACUCUUUCUCUGUUUCAUGCUCUGGGCAAGUUUCUGCAUAAUAAAAGAGAAACUGAAGUUACAAUGGGAUCAGAACAUGAUGCAUUUCUUCUACGGGACAAGUUCUCUCGGUUACCAUUGAAAAUGGAUGCUCCUGAGAAGGUUCUUUGCCAAGCACAUGGGCAAGCAAGGCCAAUUGCUGAUUUUCUGCAUGAAAAUGUUUUAGACUUUAUAAGUGAUGAAGCAAUGGAUGCUGCCAAAGAUGUGGCUUCAUAUUUAAGUGAUUCAGAUUUGCUUAUUUCCUCUUUCCGUGGAAUCUUGGCCAGAUAUAAUGAGGCAGAGAGCGUUCUUCAAUCAGCUGCUGCUUCAGUUGCUGUUCGUGGUGUGUUGUUUGGAAAUUCUCAUCCUUCGCCUUCCAGGUGGCAUGCCAUUCGCAGACCAAAACUUUGGCAAGUGGAACAAUCACUUUUGCUUAACCAAAAAGAGACCAUAAGCCAAAGGCUUACUGUUUAUGGUGGAUCCAGCUUCUCUAACAUGUCAGAUGUAGCUGCCGAGUACUUACCUGCUUUAAAAAGCCUUGGAGAUGGAGCAUCAGGUUUUGAAGCUCAUAAAGUACACCACAAAGGGACAUGGGAUGACAGUUCUGAGAGGAUGAGCUUGGAUGACGAAGAAGGCCAGAUUUCUGAUGAUGAAAUUGAAGAUUGGUAAGAAAUAGCGACUCCAGAUUGGAAGAUUGAAGAUUGGAACAAGGCCAGAAACAAGCUCAAGUUCAGAUUUGUUCCAAGGUAAAGAUAUUAUUGCGGUUUUUGUACUAAAGUCUUGUAGAAAAAAAUGAAUGUAAAUUUUUUGUCCUGGGAAUAUCUUGUUAGUUCUUGUUCCCGAUUUUUGAAAUUUCUGUUCAGUUUCUAGUUGAAGGUAAAUAUCCAAGUGGAAGCCAAUUAGUCUGGAAAACUCUUAGCUGUUGAUGUUGGUAAACAAAUUAGAUUAAUUGUUAUUUUAAUUCAAAUGUGUACAAUGGCAAUAGUGUAUUACUUUGGCUAGGCAGAUUCCAAGUGGAAAAAAAAAAAAUCAAUUUCAUUGUAGG